CGUACCCGGUUCUAGUUCGGUAUCAUUGUUAAGCAAAAGUUCUUAGGGUACGAAAGGAAUCCCACAGUAUCAUCACAGUACAGGAUGAAGUCCUUCGUUUGCGUCGCUGCUUUGGCCUCGGUUCUGGCUCUGGCCAACUGUGCCCCUUACGUACUGGUGCUGGAAGAAGCUCCUCUGAUUCGUGUGGUUCGUAAUGUAGGUGCCAUCGGAGGAUCGGGCAGUGCUGCUAAUGCUGGAGCCCAAUCCUUCAACGCUGGAGGAGGUUUCCCAGGAUUCGGAGGUGGACUGUCCGGAUCGGCUGCUAAUGCCGGUUCUCAAUCAUUCACUCAGGGAGGAUUCGGAGGAUUCGGCGGACUUUCUGGAUCAGCUGCCAAUGCUGGAACUCAAUCCUUCACCCAGGGUGGUCAUGGAGGCGGUCUGUCUGGCAGCGCUGCUAAUGCCGGUUCCCAGUCGUUCACCCAGGGAGGUGGUUUCCCAGGAUUCGGAGGUGGUCUUUCCGGAUCUUCUGCUAGCGCCGGUGCCCAAUCCUUCACCCAGGGAGGUGGAUUUGGAGGAUUCGGAGGACAGAGUGGCUCGGCUGCCACUGCUGGGACUCAAUCAUUCACUGCUGGAGGACAUGGUGGUGGUCUGUCCGGAAGUGCUGCCAAUGCCGGAGCUCAAUCCUUCACCCAGGGAGCCGGUGGUCACCCAAUCGGAGUCCACUAAAUGAUACUGAAAACGGAACGGUCAAAUUUCCGCGGAAAAAAACUUACGGAAACGAAUGGAACCCUCGUGCAGGAACUCAUAUUCUCACCAGUCGAACCUUCAAAUACCGUUGAACGAGUCAUUUUCGUUUAAGAAAUGACAGUACGGUGAACUCUUGUGAUGAUAAAUGUUAACAGUAUUCAUAUGAUAGAAAUGCAAUAAUACUAAAAAAAACAUUGAACCAAACAAA